AUGGGUAAAUCUGAGAAUAUGAAUACCAGUAAAAUAGAGGAAAUUUCAUCAUCAGCUUCAAAUUUAUCAUUUACAAGUGUUUACUCGAAUACUUUAGUUACUUCAACUGAUGCAAAUUCAGCAAUUCAGUAUAAUUCAAUUAAAUAUGCAACUAAGGAUCAAGGAUCUAUAGACAAUCAUUUGACAAAUGGUUUACAGAAUUCUUCAAAGAAUAUCAAUAAUAAAGCGGCAUCUGGAGAUACUGAAGAUAAUAGUUCAACUUGUAAAACAGUAAACUGUCAAAAUUGUGAUGAAUCCUUCUUAAUAAAUCAUGAUAACAAAGAUGGUAAUAAUAUAUCCGUUUCAACACAAUCACCAAUAACUACAUCAGUAUCAAUGAAUGAAAAAACAUCACAAUUAUCAUACUCAACUAUAAAAGAAACAGUUAGGUGUAAUAAUCUAUCAGAAAAUAAAAAUAAUUUAAUUAUAAAUUAUCUACCACCAAAUAUGAGUCAAGAAGAAGUACGAACUUUAUUUUCUAGUGUCGGUGAAGUAGAAAGUUGUAAAUUAAUUCGAGAAAAGAUAUCAGGUGAAAGUUUAGGUUAUGCUUUUGUAAAAUUCUAUAAUUCAUUUGAUGCUUAUAAAGCAAUUAAAACAAUGAAUGGACUUCGAUUACAGAAUAAAAUUAUUAAAGUAUCAUUAGCUAGACCAAGUUCUGAAUCUAUAAAAGGCGCUAAUUUGUAUAUAUGUGGAUUACCGAAAAAUAUGAAUCAAAAUGAAUUAGAAAAAUUAUUCAGUACAUAUGGUCAUAUUAUUACAGCUAGAAUAUUAUAUGAUAAUAAGACUGAAUUAUCUAGAGGUGUAGCGUUUAUUCGUUAUGAUCAACGUAUAGAAGCUGAAACAGCAAUCAAAAGAUUGAAUGGUUACUUACCUCCUGGUACUAAUGAACCGAUUACAGUUAAGUUCGCCAAUUCACCAGGUUCAAAUAGAGUUGAUAAUUUCAAUAUUUGUUUUGUCAAGACAUCAAAUGGAGAAUCAACUUUAAAGUGUCCUUCAAACUCUGGAUCAUAUAAUACUCGAGGUUUUAAUCAAACUGCUAAAAUAAUAUCUGGAACUCAAAUGGAAUCAGAUGAACUGUAUCAAGUAGGAAAUCAAAUGAAGGGUCUCGUUUCCAGUGCAUCAGUAAAUGAAUCACAUCCUGAUUCUACUUCUACUGGAGGUUUUCAGAAUCCUAUAAAACAUAGUGAAACACCUUCUCCACAGAACCUCCGAAAUAACAAGUCUUGUUCGUCUUGCAAAAGCAAUUGUGAGGUAAGGGACAAUGAAGAAAUGCAACCGAAUACAGCUAGUACAUCAGGUCAUCAUGCAACAUGUUGUCAGACAAAAAUGAUGCCAAAUAAAUUCCCACUUCAUGUAAACACUGCAAAUGUUGUGAUGAACAGUGCAAAAACCUCUGAAAUCAACAGCAGUAGAGCGGGAUCAUUGAAUAAAUUGAAUCAUGUCACUCGGCUUAAAUGUCAAGCUGCUGCAGCUGCAGUAGCAGCUAUUUCAGGCACUAAUACUGCAAGUUUUCCUACAAGUUUACCAACAUUCGGGAUGGAAUUUAUACGUGGUAUAGGAUCUAGUGCACAUGCUCUUCUAGCUCCAGCCUUUGCAGCUAGUUCAGGUGCAUUGACACCAACUGGUUGGUGUAUAUUUGUUUACAAUUUAGCCCCAGACACAGAGGAAUCUAUACUUUGGCAAUUAUUUGGACCUUUUGGGGCUGUACAAACGGUCAAAGUGAUCUGUGAUCCAGCUAAUGGAAAGUGUAAAGGUUUCGGUUUUGUUACUAUGAGUAAUUAUGAAGAAGCUUUGUUAGCAAUUCAUUCACUGAAUGGUUUCAGUCUUGGUAAUCGUGUUUUACAGGUAUCAUUUAAAACAACAAGUUCAAAACAAAUGAAGUAUUUAACAAAUAAUAUUUUCAAUAAAAAUUUACUUCUAUCCACCUUACCCGAUUCAGUAUCCAAUGAUAAUUUUAUCUCGAAUUCGUAG